AUGGAUAGAAAGUAAUACGAAAAUUAUGUGAAUGAAAAGCUUCACCCUUUGUUGGAGAAGAUGCUUAUCGAUAUUUUAUAGUAAAGGCCAAAUGAUCCAAUCCCCUUUUUGAUUAGCUGGCUCUAAAAAAAGUAAAGUGAAGGUGGAAUCGCUGCUGCUCAUGCUGGAGCAAAACACAGUUAGCAUUAAGAUGACGAAGAAAAAGCUAGCAGUGAUGAAGAUGAUAAUGAAGAUGACUAUGUUGAAGAUUUACCAACUGCCAAGGAAAAAGACGAAUCAAAGGGAAAGAAACCAACUGGUCGUGCUUCAGUUUCUGCUGAAGCUUUUGGUUAAUUUAACUAGAAGAAAGCUUUCAAGCCUAAAGUUGUUCCUAAAAAGCCAGAAAUAGUAUAAAGAAUUACAAAACGUUUAAGUGAAGCAUUUAUGUUCUCAGCUCUAGACGAAAAUGAGAGAAAAAUAGUUAUCGACGCCAUGGAAGAGAAAAAAUUUGGCAAAGACGAAUACGUCAUAAAAUAAGGAGAUGAUGGUGAUGUUUUGUAUGUAGUUGACGAAGGUGAACUUAAAUGCGAAAAAGUCUUCAAAAAAGGUGAUCCUCCUACAUUCUUGAAGGUAUAUAAGCCUGGUGAGUCAUUUGGUGAGCUCUCCUUACUUUAUAAUACUCCUCGUGCUGCUACUAUUAUAGCUUAAACUAAUUCGGUUUUAUAUUCUCUUGAUAGAGACACAUUUAAUAAUAUAGUCAAGGAUGCUGCAGCUAAAAAAAGAGAAAAAUAUGAGGAAUUCUUAAAAAAAAUAGAAAUUCUAAAAGAAAUGGAUCCAUAUGAGAGAAACAAAAUAGCUGAUGCUCUUAAAACUAUCACCUUUAAAAAAGACUCCCUUGUUGUUAAAGAAGGAGAAAGUGGUGAUGAUUUCUACAUGAUAGAAGAAGGAACUUUAUAAGCAUUAAAAACAUUAAAGCCUGGAGGCCAACCUGAAGUUGUAAAGGAAUAUCAAAACGGUGAUUACUUUGGUGAACUAGCUCUGAUUAAAAAUGUUCCAAGACAAGCUACUAUUAAGUGCACAAGCAAUGUUAAGCUUGCUACUUUAGAUAGAUUAGCCUUCAAGCGUUUACUCGGUCCAAUUGAUUAAAUUUUGGCAAGAAACGCAGAAGCCUAUAAUAAGUUUGCCUAGAAGUGA